GUUCUGCUACAAUUAGUUGGAACUUAAAUUGGAGUGAGUUCAGUUGGUGUAGUUAGUUGGUGAAGUAGAACUCAAUGGAUGAAAAAGGUCUGUUAGGAGUUAGUGUUUGAGAUGUUAGAAAAAAUUUAUGAUAUGUUGGUGUGAGUGGGUUACUUAGGCGCUAGCACUGUCAGUAGGGUAAUUAGAUUGUUGGAAGGUUAGUUUGAUAGAUUGAAUGGUUAGAAGAAAGUUAGGAUGUGUUGAUUUGGUGAAUGGAAAUGUAAAUUGCAGGUUAUAUGCCUUUUGAGUUGAAUGUUAUGGAGUUGCAAUGCAAACUAGAUUGCUUGAAUCAUAGCAGCAGAGCACCUACAUAAUGGUAGCAAAUGAUGGAUCAAGCUUAAGUGUUCUCAUUGUUUAUAGAUUUGUAUUUUCUACUGCUUUCACUGUGCCAUUUGUUUUCUUCUUUGAAAGGAAAAGUGUGCAAAAUUUGACUGGAAAGGUGCUAUUCCAAGCUUUUCUUUGUGGAUUAUUUGGGGGAUCAUUACAACAAAACUUGUAUAUUAAAUCUUUGGCUUUGGUAUCUGCAACAUAUACUAUAACCAUGUUAAACCUCAUUCCUGCCAUUACCUAUGUCCUGGCUGUUUCUCUAAGAAUGGAGAAGCCAAAUCUUGGAACACCGGCUGGGAAAGCGAAGUUGAUGGGAACAUUAAGUGGAAUUGGUGGUGCAAUGAUCCUAACUUUAUAUGAAGGCAAAAGAUUAUUUAACUUAUCAUUGCACAUUGACUUGCUGCAAAAUGCUACAUCAACCACACAUCAUUCCCCUACUGGUUCUCAUGUUUGGGGACUCAUGCUAGCUUUAGGCACUGCUCUCAGUUUCUCAUUAUGGUUUAUAACACAGGGUGAAGAUAUUUGUGAUGCUGUAAUUAGAGAAGUGAAGGAAGAGACAGGGGUUGAAACAAAGGCACAUAUGGUACUUGUUGCAUUCUCAAGUUCGUUAAACAGUCAGGACAGCUGCUCCUUUGCAGGAACUGGCAUCCAAACAUGUGAUGGCAGCAAUGGUGGAGAUAAUUUGUCAGCAUCAAGCCUCUGAAGCAUCUGACAUACCUUAUAAUCCCAAAGUUGUUAGAAAACACUGAUGACUAAUACUAGGUCACAAGGCAUGGAAAAUGGUGCUGCUGUCACUUCCAACUUGACAGGAACACAGCAGGAUGUAGAUCUAUCACACUUCCUUCUAAUUGAGAAGAGUUCCCGGCAUGCUGAAUUGCAAUAUAUUCACUUACUUGCUGCUGGCUCAUGAGUCAUGACUUGGUUUCAGGAUGGGAUAUGGCUACUUACAUUGAGGCAAUUGAUUCCCAAUUCUUCUUGCUAAAAGGUAGCAUUUUGGACUUGUUAGUGAGUUCAACCGAAGUUUUGACCUGAAGUUUGCAUUCUGAGUCUGAUUCUCCUCCCUGUAACCUGUGGUUUAAGGUUCAACCUGAAGUCAUCGUAGUAAAUUCAAUCAAAGAUUUGAGCUGAAGUUAUCCUAUUAAGAAUUGCUUUGAAUCUCUAUUGUUUAUGAUACAUUCUAUAAUUAGGCUAUUAGGCUGUAUUUUAGUGAUUUGGU